CGGUCUAUGUGAGCAGCUGUGGUGUUCGAUCCACCUACGACGCGGCGAACUGCUUGUGGGUGUGGCAUAUCGUAGCCCACUGAGUAACGGAUUGGAUUGGCUCACACACGUCCAAAACCAAAUGAGUCGCCCGCAGUUCCUGCUCACUGGCGACUUUAACCUUCCUCGAAUCUUAUGGCCUGAAGUUCAGCUUCUCCCUGGCCAUAAUGAAGUGGAGACAAGAUUCGCCGAACUGGUACUGGAAACCGGAACGGUGCAGCACAUCACGCAACCCACCCGCAUAACCCCGCGCUCAAUGCCAUCAUGCCUGGACCUGCUGCUAACCAGCUGCGAACAAACAGUGCAUGACAUAGAAGUUCUUGAGCCCAUGGCGGCCAGUGAUCACUCGACAAUUAUGGCCACUAUAGACCUGCAGCUUCCAUGUGUGCGUCCAGUGGCGCCAACAUACAACUAUUGGAAAGCUGACUUCGAUGGCCUCAUUCUAGCUGCCAAUCAGCUUGAUUGGUCUAUGCCACAGGAUUCAUCCGUUGAAACUUGCUGGGCAAACAUUAAAGGGGCAGUGCACUCAUUGUGUGCGCAAUUUGUACCCCUCAAGACUCGGAAAGUUGGACCAAUGAAACCCCAUUGGUUUGACAAAGAGUAUAACCGACUGUCUCGACAACGGCGUCGACUAUGGAAUGCGUUCCUCCUGUCUGGCUCUGCCGAUGACUAUGAGGUAUACAAGCGACAACGAAACUUGUGCAACAGCACAAAGACGCGAAAACGCCGUCAGUUUGAGGAGCAGCUUGCUUGCUCAGCUAAAACUGCCCCGAAGCGCAUAUUUGCGUACGUGAAGCGACGCCUGAAGUCUGCAGGUGAUGUGCCGGUGCUAGUGGGUUCGGACGGACAACCACUAAGUUCAAGCACCGAGCGUGCGUCCGCAUUAGCGGCGCACUUCGCUUCUGUAUUCGCAACUAACCAAACCUGCGCGCCAAGCUCUGCCGUCGCCGCACCGACUGAGCUAACCGACUUGAUCUGCGACGUCGCGGAGGUACAUGGGCUAGUCAGCUGCCUAGACAGCACGAAGCCAGCUGGACCGGAUGGUCUCCAUCCGCUGAUCCUCAAGUCCUUGUCAGCUGUGAUCUCACCUGCUGUAACCGACCUGUUCAACCGAUCCCUGUCCAUAGGCUGCGUGCCUUGUGACUGGAAAUGCGCCGUUGUCAAACCGAUUCCAAAAGGCGGUGACACACGCAAAGUGGAGAAUUACCGCCCUAUUUGUUUGACCGCAGUAUUGUCGAAAGUUCUGGAGAAGAUUGUGAAGAAGAGACUGCUCCAGCUACUGGAGACCAACUCUCUCCUGACGCCUGCACAGCAUGGUUUCGUGAGAGGCCACUCGUGCAUCACUAACCUGCUGCUAACAUGGCAUGAAGGGUUGCAAGCAGUAAACCAACGUAAGUCAGUCGACGUGGUAUACGUCGAUUUCAGUAAGGCCUUCGACAGAGUGAAUCACGAGAUCCUCCUUCAGAAACUGAGGGAGUGCGGAGUCGGAGGCUCGCUGCACCAAUGGAUCCGUGACUUCUUAGUUGGACGGAAGUGGAGGGUGCAAGUCGACAGCCACCUGACCGACUGGUACCCGUCGACGAGCGGCGUUCCUCAGGGGACGGUGCUUGGCCCCAUUCUCUUCCUGAUUCACAUCAACGACGUGCCCAAUCUCCUUCGGUCGCCGUGUGCCUUGUUCGCGGAUGACCUGAAGCUAUGGAGGGUGAUCCAUACGUCGGACGACUUUGACAUACUUCAGCAGGACCUCGACCGCCUCUCCAUGGGGUCCGCCGAAGUAAGUUUGCCUAUCAACUCGGCAAAAUCGCUACUUCUGUGCCUCGGUAAAGGUGGAGCGGGCCGAUCGUACACUCUCGACGGCCAAGUUCUACACCCGACGCAUUGCGUCAGAGACCUUGGCGUUAUACAACGUUACGACAUGAAGUCACUGGACAACACGGACAAUAUGUAUCGCACAGCAUUGCGUUCGCUGUGGGCGCUGAAACGUAGCUUCUGCACCUGGUCGAAAGAGAUUGCCACUCGUCUCUUCACAUCCAUUGUACGACCGGUGCUAGAAUACGGCUCACCCGCCUACUGUCCGUUGACGAAAGGCGAGAUACACAAGCUCGAAAGAGUACAACACAUAGCCACACGGCUCAUUCCCGGUCUUCAGGGUGUGCCGUAUGAAGAAAGAUGCAGACAAUUGGGUCUGUAUACUCUAGCCUACCGCCGC